GUGGGAUUUCAGCCAGCACGUGCACGCUCCUCCUUUUCAGACAAUCACCUUGAAGCUCAAUUCCAACAUUGAAGUAAAAAUGUUGACCCAGGAUCGUAUUUUUCUGACAUACACAAGAGAGAAGGAGAAGGAGAGUAACAUUCAAUGUUGGGUCUAAACUGAUGUUAAAAGACCCUGACAGUCUCUCCCAGCUGCUGUCAAGGACUGCUGACGCUGAGUGCUACCUCUGUUCAAAACAUCUUCAAAUCAGCAUUCUUUUGAAUAACAUCAGAGACUUAUUAAGGAUCUCACACAGUUCCCAUAGCACUAUUAAGACAAUGCAAGAGUAUGUAAAGCAGCUGCAGAAGUCACUUGGCUACAUUACUGGACUUACUAGCAAACUGUCAGAUUCUGCUGAAAAGCAAAAAAAUAAAUCAAUACAACAAACUGUGACCACUGUGAAGAAAAAGCCUCACAGGACAGCAUCGCUGAAAACUGAAUGUAAUGUCGUGGAAAAUAAGAAAGACAGGCGAAAAGGCAAUGGCAAGUAG